AACUCAACAUUGACCAUUGAGAAGUGUCAGUACUGUCAAGUGUAAUUUUAAUAACUAAAAUUAAAAAUUAGCUUUUAAUGCAUAUUAAAUAACACUAAAAUGUGGCGUCCUACAAUCUUACGAAGAGUUGUGUUAUCUUCUAUUAAAGAAAAUAUUACAUUAUCUAAAUUUUUGUACACUACUAAAAGCCGAACUCCCCGGUCGACCGCUAAGCUAACACUCAUUAGUGCGAGUGUCGGUAUUUUGGUAGGAGCAGGGUAUGGCGGUUAUACACAUUAUAAAAUAAAUACCAAGAAAUUGUCUAGUUCAUCGGAUGAAGAGUUUGCAUUUUUGAAAGACGCACCAGAAUAUAAGUCUCACUAUAAAGUAAUUAAUGAAGCUGACUCUAGUAACUUACAACUAGUAUUAUUCCAAUAUCAGACUUGCCCAUUUUGCUGUAAAGUUCGAGCCUACUUAGAUGCUCGUGGUAUUAGUUAUGAGAUAGUUGAAGUUGAUGCUGUUCUUCGCCAAGCUAUUAAAUGGUCAGGCUAUAAAAAAGUGCCAAUAUUACUGGCUAAAGUUGAUGGAGGAUAUCAGCAACUUUUAGAUAGCACUGCAAUUUUGUCUAUUUUGGAAACACAUAUAAGAGACAAGACCUAUUCUUUGCGUGAUAUUGUAAAGUUUUACCCGGUCUCAAAAUUUGAAAAUGAUUCAGGAAAACCUACUACAGAUGUUACAAAUAAAUAUUUUAUUAUGCACAAUAGUGCUGUACCAGAUGAAAAACAGCGUGUUUCUGAGAUUGAAGAACGUGAAUGGCGACAAUGGGCAGAUCGAGUGCUUGUCCACACUUUAUCACCAAAUGUGUACAGGACUGCUAGUGAAUCAUUAGAAACAUUUAAAUGGUUUGAAGAAGCGGGUGGGUGGAGAAACAACUUCCCCAGCUGGGAAUGUGCAGUGAUGGUAUAUGUUGGUGCCGCAGCUAUGUGGAUUAUCGCUAAAAGAUUAAAGGCUAGGCACAAUAUACAAGAUGAUGUCCGUCAAUCUCUGUACAAUGCAGUUAAUGAUUGGAUGACUGUCAUUAAUAAAAAAGGAAUGCCAUUCCUUGGAGGUAAAAAACCUAAUCUCGCCGAUAUAUCAGUGUAUGGUAUACUGAGCAGCAUUGAAGGUUGUAAAGCUUUUCAAGAUUUAAAGGAAAAUACAGAUGUUGGUAAAUGGUUUGAUAACAUGAAGAAUAACAUGAAGGAGACUCGGGGAAGAAUUAUAACAGUCUAAUAGUAAGAUGAUCACUGUUAUUACAAUAUAUGAAACUGCAGAUGCGACUUGGUUUUCAGUGCCCAUAGUUCAUGCUAAGUGAUAUUAAAGUUUUAGUUUCCUCUUUUCUUACAUAAAAAUUAUAAUUUUGGUUUGAUGUUCUUAUUUGUAUACUUUAUGGAAGUUAUUGAGCAAGCCAAUCUUAUAACAUAAAUAUCUGGUAGAUAAAAUUGUAAUUAUCAUUAUUAUCAAAAGUUUAUCAACAGUCAUUAUAUUUAUGGAAUAUGUGUAAAAAGCGCGAAUAUUUUAUAGCGAAACAAUUCUGAAAGACUGACUUAGGGCAAAACUGCACUGUUAAAUUAA